CACCUCAGCUCCAUCGCGGGCCGUUGGGCCGGCGAUGUCAGCGGCAUGCGGAGCUUCAGUAGCUGCACUCGUCCAAGCCGACAAUACCAGUCACGUAGAAGGCAUGCCCGAAGCCGCUGCAGCAGAAGCAGGAUUCAACAGCACCGCAUGCAACGUUUUCCUAUGCAAGGGGCUUCAGUUCGCGGAUAACACUGCCCAGGUGCAGAACUUCACAGCUGGCCAGGUCGUUAAUAUGCGAGCAAGUAUUCCAAUUCUUCACGAAGGACCAAUGAAUGUCAGCGUCGUCAACACGAAGACUAAUACUGCCAUUGGGGGCCCGUUGAUCAGCUUCGUAAGCUAUGCAGAUGAGUCUUUGGCAGCACUUCCUGCGAAUAACACCAACUUCAAUGUCACCAUCCCAACAACUUUGGGAUCUACUUGCACUGUGGCUGGUACUUGCGUUCUUCAAUGGUUCUGGUUCGGAACUGCCGCUGAUCAGACAUACGAAUCUUGCGUCGAUAUGGUUGUAGCUGCAUGA